AAUGGGAAGCGGGUGAGGCGUCGCCAGGCAACGGCGCAGCCAAUGGGUGGUGAGCGGGGCGUGUCGCCAGACAACGGGGCCGGCCGCGGCGCGGAGCGGUGUCGGUGUGUCGGCGGUGCGGAGGUCCGUCGCCAUGCCGGAAUGCCCGGAGCUGCACCUGGCCGGCCGUUACAUCAACGAGGCGUGCGGCGGGUUGGUGUUCGAGGGCGGCGUGCAGCGCUCGGCCGUGGGCCGCGGCCCGGAGGUGCCGUUCAGCAGCGAGGCCUACAGGGUGACGGCCGCCUCCCGCGGCAAGGAGCUGCGGAUGACGCUGGAGCCGCUGGGCCCCGGCCCUUCGCAGGCCUUGGUGUUCCGCUUCGGCAUGUCGGGCUCGUUCCGGCUGUGCGAGGCCUCCAGCCCGCCCCGCCACGCGCACCUGUGUUUUUUCACCCGUGAGAGCCCCCCCCGCGCCCUCUGCUUCGUGGAUCCCCGGCGCUUCGGCACCUGGCGGUUGGGAGAGGAAUGGCAGCCCGACCGCGGGCCCUGCGUCCUGCUGGAGUACGCGGCCUUCAGGGAGAACGUGCUGACCAACCUGGAGGAUAAGGCUUUCGACAAGCCCAUCUGCGAGGCGCUGUUAAACCAGAAGUAUUUCAAUGGGAUCGGCAAUUACCUCCGUGCUGAGAUCCUGUACAGGGCGAAGAUCCCUCCUUUUGAAAAGGCUCGGACUGUGCUGGAAGCCCUGAAGCAUCGGGAGCAGAAUUCUUCCCUGACAUUGAGUAAGAAGCUGAAGCUGAAACGAGAUAACCCAGAUCUCCUGGAGCUGUGCCACACGGUGCCCAUGGAGGUUGUGGCAUCGGAUAAAAAUCUCUUUGACCCUUCUGACUCGGAUAACUAUGCUGCCUUCAAGAACUGGCUGCAGUGUUACUUAGUGCCUGGCAUGAGCUCCCUGCGGGACCGCAACAACAGGACCAUAUGGUUCCAGGGAGAGCCUGGCCCCAUGGCUCCCAAAGGUCAGAAGUCCCACAAGAAGCAUGCUCACCUGAAGGCAGACCCUGAAGCUCCAACCCCCACGGUCACAACACGUGCCUCAAAACGGCGUUCUGGGGGUGCAGAGAAGCCCCCGAAGCCAGCCGUAAAGGAGGAGGAAGAGAAGGCAGUGCCUGAUGGGUCAAGGAAGGGACGUGCCCGUGGGAGGAAGAAAGUGGCUGCUGCUCCAGCCUUAUCUGAGCCAGAUGUUCCAGUCAGAGCAAAAAGAAACCGGACUUCAGCACGCAGGGGCAAAGGUGCAGCCGCUGUAGUGUGAGUACUGCACACUGCUUUCUGCACACCUCAGCCUCUGGAAACGUGUGACACUGCCUCUGCUGUGAAGACACACUGGCCUGGGCUGCCUGGUGUUGCUUUCAGGCAUGCCUGCUUGUAGCAUUUGCUCCUUGCAGCACUACUGCUUUUGCAGCCUCAGGGAUGGGGGCAGGCGGGUGUUCCUCCCCCUUUCUGUUCUUAAAUAUUUUUUUACAACCUUGCUUGUCCCUUCGGAGUGGUUUUAGAAUCAGUUCCUCAGAGGGACUACUGUGCAUCGUGUCAGAUUCUGAUCCCUUCCUAUACUUUAAAUCAUAUUCCUUCUUCCUUUUUUUAAUUACUCCCUGAAUCACUAAGAAAGCUGUUUUUAGAUGAUUAAUAAAAGUAUUUUGUGUAAAAAUUGGUGUACCUGCCUUCUUGUACUAAGGCUAACACCACCAUGCCCAGCCUUUUUCCCAGAUGGGCUGGAGAAACCCCACCUCCAAAAGUAAAGGUAAGCACUGCCUCCUUAGUUUCAGGGGUAAGGAAUAUCCCACCGAGGGGGAAGGAUACAGAGCAGCAGCAGCUACAACAGAAUGUUCUCAUGUAAUUUUGUCUUAUUUGUGCCCCCUUCUGCCAGGGCAGUGCAGGAGACAGGAGAAGGAAGAGAAGAGAGGGGCUGACUGCACUGCUCUCUGAUGGCUGGUUGAGGGUGUAGGGUAGACUUUGCUCUUCCCUGGAGCUGCUCAAUAUUGCACGUUUCUUGGGAAAUAUUCUCACUGGACU